AUGUCGAUGGACGGACAGCUGCUUAAAGCGGCCGUAACUGGUGAUGGCAGGCAAAUGAAGCACCUGGCUUCUCAGGAUCCCGCAGUGCUGCUUGGAACCACGCCACAGGGGAACACAUGCCGCCACAUCGCCGCCAUCCAUGGCCACGACGUGUUCUGCAAGGACGCCGUGGCACUGAACCCGUCGCUCCUCGCUGCCGUCAACUCUGACGGCGAGACCCCUCUGCUCGCCGCCGUGGCAAGCGGUCGUGUCUUCUUCACUUCGAUAUUGCUUCCUACCAUCCAUAUGCACCAAUUUGACAAACUAAGCAUGAACAGUCAUGGCAUUUGCUAUGGUAGUUCAUAUUAUGAAACAAUUUUACAUGUUACCAAAAAUGGUUGCAUCCCUUUUACGGAAAAAAUAAUGAGAAGUCCAGAUGAAAGUCGAUACAAAUGCAAAGCAGAUUGUGAAACCAGGAAUGAAUUCAAUGCCAUUAAGCAUGUUAAUGAAGUGUCCAUGCUUAUGUCAAAAGCUGAUCCUCGAUACAAAAUAUAUAAUCUCCACAAGCAAGUGAAGACUAAAGUGACAAACUUCUCAAGGAAGGAUAUCAAGGCAUUGACUCAAACAUACACAAGCAACACUUCUCUAGUGGCAAUCCUUAUGGCGACGAUUACCUUUGCCGCUGCUUUCACUUUGCCAGGAGGAUAUAGCACAGACGCUGGAAAUGAAGGACUUCCCAUCAUGACCAGAAAGCUUGCAUUUCAGGCGUUCUUGAUCUCUGAUACCUUGACAAUGUGCUCCUCACUUCUUGUUGCCUUUGUAUGCAUCAUAGCAAGGUGGGAGGAUCUUGAGUUCUUGCUUUAUUAUAGGUCUUUUACAAAGAAGCUCAUGUGGUUCGCGUACAUGGCAACCACCAUAGCAUUUGCAACUGGUUUAUACACAAUUCUGGCUCCUCGUCUCCUAUGGUUGGCCAUUGCAAUUUGUGUUGUGUCAGUUUCAUUGCCAAUUCUUACUAAACUUCUUGGGUUCCCUAUACUAAAUACCUUCGCGUCUGCAUCGGUUUCACCUGAUGACCACAGAGACCAAGGUUCUGACGGAAGCUCAGGUGAUUCAAGAUGCUGCCCAGGGUGUCUAGGCAGGAAUUCGAUUGCCAAGGCGGCAUCUGCAGUUGGUCCUGCUGUUGUAAACAUUUCUUCUAUGCAUGAUAUGCAUGGAUGGGUGCAAGAGCAGAGCAUCGGAUCUGGAACUAUAAUAGAUCCAGAUGGGACAAUAUUCACAUGUGCGCAUGUUGUUGCAGAUUUCCAAAGCACAAAAGCAAUUGUGAGGAGAAAGGUUAGUGUGACUUUACAAGAUGGUCGUGAAUUUGAAGGUGUUGUCCUUAAUGCUGACCGCCUGUCUGACAUUGCCGUUGUGAAGAUUAAAUCUAUGACCCCUUUACCGGCUGCCAGGCUUGGAUCGUCAUCUCAACUUCAGCCAGGUGAUUGGGUUGUUGCUCUGGGCUGUCCACUUUCUCUUCAGAACACAGUUACCGCUGGUAUUGUCAGCUGUGUUGACCGGAAAAGCAGUGAUCUGGGUCUUGGAGGAUUACGAAGGGAGUAUCUGCAAACAGAUUGCGCUAUUAAUAAGGCAAGACCGUUGGGAAAUUCUGGAGGCCCUCUUGUGAACCUUGAUGGUGAGAUUAUUGGAGUUAAUGUGAUGAAAGUUUGGAAUGCUGAUGGUUUGAGCUUUGCAGUACCAAUUGACUCUGUCAUUAAAAUAGUAGAGAACUUUAAGAAAAAUGGGAGAGUUGUAAGGCCAUGGCUUGGUUUAAAGAUGCUUGACCUGAAUCCCAUGAUCAUUGCACAGCUCAAAGAAAAAUCAAGUACUUUUCCAGAUGUAAGAAAAGGGGUGCUUGUUCCUAUGGUUACACCAGCAUCUCCAGCUGAACAAGCAGGAUUUCGUCCUGGGGAUGUGGUUGUUGAAUUUGGUGGCAAACCAGUUGAGAGCAUCAAAGAGAUCAUUGAUAUCAUGGGGGACAAGGUCGGAGUACCAUUUAAAGUUCUUGUUAAAAGAGCGAACAAUGUGACAGUGACCUUAACUGUGAUACCAGAGGAGGCAGAUGCCAGCAGAUGA